UGGAUGGAUCGUGAAGUCCAAUGAUGCUCAUGUUGCUCCUAAGCCUGGAUUUCUCCGCCUUGAUUGUCUCAGCUGACCCUAGCAGAAGCCCAGUCAAGGGGGCGGCCCCACACCUCUCGGGGAGUUGGUAUGCAAAAUAGUUACGUCAGCUAUGGGGGUGGGGCACGCCCGGUUGAGUGGCAGCAGCUCUUGCUUAGGGAGGAGGCGCGAGAAUCAGCCUGGUUCAGUGACUGAGACAAACUGGAGGUGAGAGGAGCUGGUGCUGUCCCUGUGCUGUCGGUGCUGAACCUGGGAAGCCAGCGGACUGGUUGCUCCAGCACCUCCAGGCAACGCCCUCUUGCACCCUCUGCGCCCCGCCGGACCUCUUCACCAUCAGGACUGUAUCAACUUGACAAAGGAGUGUGGUAUCGGACGGACGUGCGAGAGAGUCCUCUGUUUGCCACCUGGGCGCCCAUUCAGGCGUGACUUUGGAGAUUUCUAUAGUUUUAGACCAAACUAUUUUCAUCUUUUUCCAGCUAAGAGGAUCUUUUCAUUUUUUUUAAAUUAUUAUUGUUGUUGUCAUAUAUAUAUCCACACCGUUUAGGAAUCUUUCUAGGAGACUUUUUUGACUGUUAAAAUAAGGUGAAAAGCAAUAAGGAUGUUUAAGUGCUGGUCAGCUGUUUUGGUACUUGGAUUCAUUUUUCUGGAGUCAGAAGGAAGGCCAACCAAAGAAGCAGGAUAUGGCCUUAAAUCCUAUCAACCUCUGAUAAGAUUGCGACACAAGCAGGAAAAAAGUCAAGAAAGUUCAAGAAUCAAAGGAUUCCAGAUUCAGGAUGGCCCUUUGGGAUCUUGUGAAAAUAAAUACUGUGGCUUGGGAAGGCACUGUGUCAUCAGCAGAGAGACAGGGCAAGCAGAGUGUGCCUGCAUGAACCUUUGCAAACGGCACUACAAACCAGUGUGUGGAUCUGAUGGCGAAUUCUAUGAAAACCAUUGUGAAGUGCACAGAGCUGCUUGCCUGAAGAAACAAAAGAUCACCAUCGUUCACAAUGAGGACUGUUUCUUGAAAGGGGAUAACUGCAAGGCCACUGAAUACAGCAAGAUGAAGAACAUGCUUUUAGAUUUACAAAAUCAAAAAUAUAUUACACAAGAAAAUGAAAACCCUAACGGUGAUGACAUAUCUCGGAAGAAGUUGUUGGUGGAUCAAAUGUUUAAAUAUUUUGAUGCCGACAGUAAUGGACUUAUAGAUAUUAAUGAACUAAUUCAGGUGAUAAAACAGGAAGAACUGGGCAAGGAUCUUUCAGACUGCACUUUGUAUGAUCUACUGAAAUACGACGAUUUUGACGCUGACAGGCACCUGGCUCUUGAAGAAUUUUAUAGAAUAUUUCAGGUUAUCCAAUUGAAUCUGCCUGAAGAUCAGAAACUAAGCAUUACAACAGCAACUGUGGGACAAAGUGCUGUUCUGAGUUGUGCCAUUCAGGGAGCACUGAGACCUCCCAUCAUCUGGAAAAGGAACAAUAUUAUUCUAAAUAAUUUAGAUUUGGAAGACAUCAAUGACUUUGGAGAUGACGGGUCCUUGUAUAUCACUAAGGUUACCACAACUCACAUGGGCAAUUACACCUGCUAUGCAGAUGGCUAUGAAAAAGUCUAUCAGACUCACAUCUUCCAAGUGAACGUUCCUCCAGUUAUCCGGGUGUAUCCAGAAAGUCAGGCUAGAGAACCUGGGGUAACUGCAAGUCUGAGGUGUCAUGCAGAGGGCAUACCAAACCCUCAGCUGGGCUGGCUGAAGAAUGGAAUUGAUAUUACACCAAAGCUGUCCAAACAACUCACACUUCAAGCAAAUGGCAGUGAGGUACAUAUAAGCAACGUGCGCUAUGAAGAUACAGGAGCGUACACUUGUAUCGCAAAGAAUGAAGCAGGAGUGGAUGAAGACAUCUCUUCUCUUUUUGUGGAAGACUCUGCUAGAAAGACCCUAGCUAACAUAUUAUGGAGAGAAGAAGGUCUGGGAAUUGGAAACAUGUUCUAUGUUUUUUAUGAAGAUGGAAUCAAAGUGAUACAACCCAUAGAAUGUGAAUUUCAGAGGCACAUCAAACCUAGUGAAAAGCUCCUUGGAUUCCAGGAUGAAGUCUGUCCCAAAGCUGAAGGAGAUGAAGUUCAGAGGUGUGUGUGGACAUCCGCUGUUAAUAUCAAAGACAAGUUCAUUUAUGUUGCGCAGCCAACUUUGGACAGAGUCCUAAUUGUUGACGUGCAGUCCCAAAAAGUUGUGCAGGCAGUAAACACAGACCCGGUCCCAGUUAAAUUACACUACGAUAAAUCACAUGAUCAGGUCUGGGUACUAAGCUGGGGUACCAUGGAAAAGACUUCUCCGACACUACAGGUAAUAACCCUGGCCAGUGCAAACGUGCCACACCACACGAUCCAUACCCAGCCGGUGGGAAAGCAAUUUGACCGAGUGGAUGACUUUUUCAUUCCCACUACAACACUCCUCAUCACCCACAUGAGGUUUGGAUUUAUUCUUCAUAAAGAUGAAGCCGCGCUACAAAAAAUUGAUCUUGAGACCAUGUCAUACAUCAAGACAAUUAACUUGAAGGACUAUAAGUGUGUUCCUCAAUCAUUGGCAUAUACACAUGUGGGAGGAUACUACUUUAUUGGCUGCAAACCUGACAGCACUGGAGCCAUUCCACCCCAGCUCAUGGUGGAUGGUGUAACCGACUCAGUCAUUGGAUUCAAUAGUGAUGUGACGGGCACUCCAUAUGUCUCUCCAGAUGGUCACUAUCUUGUCAGCGUUAACGAUGUGAAAGGACUCGUAAGGGUCCAGUACAUCACCAUCAGAGGAGAAAUACAGGAGGCUUUCGAUAUUCACACAAAUCUGCACAUAUCUGAUCUGGCAUUUCAGCCAUCCUUUACUGAAGCCCACAAAUACAACAUCUACGGUAGCUCAAGCACACAAACUGAUGUGCUCUUUGUAGAGCUCUCCUCUGGGAAGGUUAAGAUGAUAAAGAGCCUUAAGGAACCCCUCAAGGCAGAAGAAUGGCCUUGGAACAGGAAGAACAGGCAAAUCCAGGACAGUGGCUUGUUCGGUCAAUAUCUGAUGACACCUUCCAAGGACUCUCUCUUUAUACUAGAUGGACGACUCAAUAAGUUAAACUGUGAGAUCACUGAAGUUGAGAAAGGAAAUACAGUCAUUUGGGUUGGAGAUGCCUAGGAGCCCUGGUAGAUAAUUAUUGAAUGAAGAGUUUUCCAGUACAUUGCACUUAAUUCAUUGUUUAAAUUCACAGCUUAACUUUGUAAGUUUAUAUCCUAGUCAAACCUGAGUUACUUGGUUGGCCCAAAUAAAAUAGUUAUUUUGUGUUUUUUUUUUUCGUUUGUUUUUGGCAAAGAAAUAUACAAUUAGUAAUAUUGGUCAAUCAGAAUAUUUUACCACAAUAUUUAAUGGGAAACUACAUUAAUCACAAGAAUCAAAUCUAUAUUGUGUUUUAAGCCAACAAAAUAAGAAUUUAAAUACUUAACAAAUAACUCAACUGCAGGGAAUUUCAGGUGACUUUAAGUACCAUUUUAUUUUGAGGGUGGCUAUCUAUUUUUUUUCUUGAUCCUUUUUUUUUGUUUUGUUUUUGUUUUUGUUUUUUUUGGUAUGCUUAAACCUGAAAUCAAAGGUAUUGUGGAACCUUAACAUUCUUAAUUCAAAUAAUCUGUCCCAUCCACUGUUUAUAAUCUUUUGUGCCUUGAAGGGAAUGUCACAAGAGGAAAGGAAGGCUAAAAGCUGCAUACUGAACACCCUCAAAAGUAUAAAUCUCUUGUCAUUAAAAGAGAAAAGUUUAACAUCUCUUGCACUAAAACCUGCCUGGAGUCAUUUUGUAACCCUCAACAAAAUAUCAUUUGAAGGCAUCAAUUGGUCUUAGGUUGUAUACAGGUGACAAACUCUAUUUGACACUUACCGUAAAAUCUGCAGCAUGCUAUGGAAAAUGGGAAGAAAGGGAGGAAAACUAAUUAUGGUAAAAAUGUUUGCAAUGUUUUCUCUGUUCAUUUUGCUUUCAAUCACUAACGAGUGCAUUAUAUUUCUAAUGCAAGUUUGUCUGGGAUGUCAACUGCUUACAAAUGUUUAUUAUUAGCAGAAUAGAUUAUUUUCCUUUCAUGUAGUCCAGUGUUGCAUCAGCAAGAACUGUCGUUUCUAAAAAAGAAGCAUUAUUUGUGUCUGCUUAGAAUAAACCACAUGUAGAGAAAUUAACACCAGGGAGAAAAAAGCUGGCUAGAGAAUUGAUGAGUGUUAGUGUUUUAGGAAAAUUAGUUGGGAAUUAAGGGAUAGCUCCACAGUGGUGAGUAAAGAUGUGUUUCACCACUGCUUUUGCUAUUUAAGUGUAACCUAUCCAGAACUUCAUUCCUUAAUAACUUUCCUGAAUGACUUCUGUUCAACCCCUACAUAAACCUUGAAUGGCCCACUCAUACAUACAAGUAAAAAUUGUUGCCUUUUUUUUUUUUAAGGCAAAGAAAAGGCCAGUAGAAGUGGAUUAAAUCUAGAGAAUUGGUUUAUUGAAAUAAGCAGAUAAUUACCCAGGCUUAAAGUAAUAGUUUACAUGCUUUGAGAAUUGUUUUAGUUAUUUUUGUUUUGUUACUGCUAAAAAAUGCUAAUGGGCUGUUGAAAUGACCUCCAUUUACUGAAGGUAAUCCAAUAACGUCUUUUUUAAACUCAAAUUUUACUCAAGUUUAAAUUGUGUAAAACUGCUUAGAAACCUGAAAUUUUAUAGUGUGUAAUAUCUUACGUGUAAAUAGCAUCCUGAACUGUGUGAUACAAUAGAUUUCUUCUUAGCUUAAGGAAACAUUAUGGGAGGUAGAUUUAAUAAACAACAAAAAUCAGCUUAUGUUUCUACUUAUCUGCUUUCCUUUUUAGCAAUUUUCUCCCUUGUGAACAUGAACCAUAUAAAAUGUCUGUGACCUGAUGAUUUAAUGUAAGUCUGUUUCAUACAUCCUUCUUUGGUAGCUUACACCAUGUGGAUGCUUUGUCUGUAGACAUUGCUUGAUAAAAGGAGAAUAAACCUCUUACAUUUUAACCUUUGA